AUGACGGCCCACGACUGCCGAGGCCGCAGACUUGACCGCGAAGAGCAGUGGCGGCGGUGCACUCUCUCGUCGGGAGCGAGAAGGAGAGAUGGGGGAGGGAGGCUGACAGAUGGGGUCCGUCUGCUGAUGUGUCUAGCUAUCCACUGUUGCUGCCCACAAAGCUACAUCUGGGAGGAUUUGCCUGCCUAUUGGGGUGUUGAAGUGUGUGCUAACUUAUUAGUUUCUUAUUUGUUGAAUUUGACAAACACUAAUUAUCUUAUGAUGACAUACUACUUUACCAGCUUUCCAUCCAAGGAGGCCGCCGUGGAUGUGCCGAGCCGCCCGCACGUUGGGUCACGCGGCAGGAGGAUGGAAGACACGGCACACACACCUACAUCAGCGACACGGGACUCCAUCGAUCUGGGCGACGCCGUGGCGGGUGACCUCCUGGUUGGUUCUGAUGUCAAAUUCAGAGUAAUCGUGGUGGGGUGCAAGCUGCACCUGAGGGACGGACAAUUUGUUAGCCUUGAGCAGGUUAUGGCGCCCAUCAUGCAGUCCUUCCGCGAGAUUGAGAUCUGCAUUGAGUGCUCUGCUCUUCGGCAUAUCCAGGUGCCUGAGGUCUUCUACUAUGCCCAGAAGGCAGUACUUCACCCAACUACUCCGCUCUUUGAUCAAGAAGUACAAUCUCUAAAGCCUCUAUGUGUGAUCAUGGAGGAUAUAUCUCAUAUUGGAGGAUCAUGUGUGCAGGAGAUGCAGGCUUUGCAGAGAGCUUGCAAGGUGCUGAAAAUUUUAGUUGGAGCUAAGUCAAUAGAAGACUCGACGAAUGGAUUAAGCUUGAGAAGGUUGAUCAUGAUACUGUUGAGACCGAUGUCAAUGAGAAAGUAA